AUGUCACAUUCUCUCUGCUUCAUUGGUCUCUUUACUUAUUCUAUCAUACAGCCUUCUGCGAAAGAAUCAUGGGACUCUCGAAUAGGAAUGUGUUCGUACUUACACUUGAAAGAAACCAUCGCCGGUAUGAUCUCUGGUUCUUCAUCUGCAGAACCUCAAGAAUGUCAGCAAGGCCCAUCCAUCUAUCACACCGCGAUAACCAUUGACGGCCUGAUUGGUAUUUCCAGAGACGGCAAACCUGCUCUUAACGCAGAUAUGGUCCAGUCUGUCGACCCAUCUACACAGGAUGGCAUCGCAGUUGUCAAAUAG